GGUGCCCGUGGUCGUUGUGAUUGACUACAAGAAUUAUCAGGUUGACAGUUUUGACAAGUGGAGAUGAUUUCAGACAACUGACAAGAUGAGUUUCAGUUCUGCAAUUCGAUUUGAAUUGGAUGCAAGGGACAAACCUCUUGUCUUUUGGCAGCUUGCAAAGGAGAAAAAGAACUCUAGAAAAUUUGAUUAUAAAAGCAGAAAUCAAAGAUUUCCACCGAGGCGAUUGCACUUUGAGGAGCACUGUGAAGAAUGUCGUUUCAAUACGUCUCACAAGCAUUCCCACAAACAUCUUCCGAGAACCAACUUUGUGAAGAAAAACAUGACAGACAUCCGAAGUAAAUACCACAGCAAUUGCAGUGACCGUAGUGAGAAACCUUUUGCAAACAAUGUGAUCAACCGUUGUACGCCUCGGCGGAGGAACACCAACUCCAUCACGUUGACGGACUUACAGCUGAACACGCUGUUGGAUGCGGUGCGGAACAUGUCUCCCAGCAGUCCGAGCACCAUCAGAUUCAAGCUGGAUGGAAAGUUGAAUAAAAUAAACGUUAACUCAAACAGUGACAAAGACUCCCAAGAAGGCGAACCAUUACUGAAUACUAAGCAGAGUCAAGCCACAGUUUCUGAGAAGACGUACGACCUUGACCCUGCUGCUAUGCGCAAAGAGAUUGUACCAGUUCUGCGCCCCCUGGAGCUGGAACGUCCUCGGGGUGUUGACCGAAGUGGGAUGUUUGAUGGAGGAAGCCUGUCUCCGAUAUUGGACGAGCUUGAGUCGUCUUCAGAUGAUAAGUGCCUUAGUAGCACAGCAGAUCAGGAUGGCAGCAAAUCCUCAGCUCCACAUCCAACAGAAUCAGUUAAGGUGGCAACAAUCCCUUCCGCAACGGUCUCCAUGUCCAACUGGAGUGACCCCUCAUUCAGCAUAGACUUACCUCCCCUUGUUCCACAACAACAUCUCACGUUGGCUGAGAAGAAGAAACCGCAGUGGGUGCGGGAGAGAGCGGAGUUUGAUUCCUGCUAUGACCCCUGGGGUCGGCGGAGUAGAAGCAAGACCAGGCAAUCCAUGAGUCGAGCUGGCAGCAUCCUAACAGAUUAUCCAGUGAUGGAGGAUGAGAAGAAGCUGCUGCAGAAGAUACAGGAUAGAUCCAAGUGGCUGGCAGAGCUGGAGAAACAACGAGAAGAACAGCGACUUCAGAGAUUUGAGCGACUGGAAGCUGACAGAAAAGCCGUUCAGAACUCUUUCAUUGACAAGUUCUCUCAGGAGCGGAAGCCUGUCCCUCUACCGUCUCAGAUCAACAUUCAGAAAGAUAGGUUGGUGUUUGGUAACCAAUAUCUGUUGUAACUACUAUGCCAGCAAGACCCCUCAACAGAAAACUUCCAAGAUGACCAGAUUCUAUGCACGAUGACUCAGUAUGGUUCCAUGCACAUGUGGUAAAGUGUGGAGCCAUCUCACAGACAGCAUCUCUCUCUGCUUGAUCACCUCUUUGAUCAUGUGGACAAAGGCAUUUGACCUUGGAUCUGAAGGUCAAUGGUUUGAAAACCAUCACAGGACUCCUGAAUGUUGAAGGUUGCUGGACACAAGGCUUCAACUCAGUCAAGACUCUACACCUUCCAAAUUAAUUCUUUAAAUGUGAUAUGUGUACUUCCAGUUUCUAAAUAUACAUUUCAAGUGGAAAUAUAAUUUGUGGAGGUUUUGUUGAUAUGAUUCUGCACUUUAUGUUUCUGUAUUAAAUAAGAAUGAGCCCAAUCCAUUGAUAUGUGAUUAACAGAUGUAUUGAUAAUAGGUUCUGAGUUGGUAUAUUGGGCUUGACAUUGUUGUCCAGUAGUUGUCAGUUAAAACAAUUGACCGACCACUUGGUUGCCAUUUUGAAGUUUCUUGGAUGUUAUUCAAUACUUUAUUUCAGACAUUUCCUUUUUGGCAUAACAAUUUGUGAAUCAGAAUUUUACCUAGACACCAGAUAUGUCACCCUCCUUGACUAUAAUUCAUGUGACGUUUCACAAACAACAACUCCUUAACAGUUUUGUGAAGUGUUGACAUGUCCCAUUAUUUUGAGAAUAAGGUGGUUGUGUUCCGAGUUUACAGGUCUUCAUCCUUUGCAUUGCUUCCAUGUAGAAUAUAGUUACGUUUCGUGGGCAUGUUGCUCAUUUUCGAUGCCAUGGUUACAUGUUAUUGACAGGCAAGGUUUGCAGGGAUACAGUAUAUCAGGGCGGACUUGAGAAUUGUGAUGCUGGAGAGUUUGGAUAGUCUGACAGGACUAUGUUCAACUGACUUUUCAGGGCUUUUACAGUUUAGGGAAAUAAUUGCAGCUGUUACCUUCGUGUUUAAUUCUGAACAUGAAUGACCUUUCCGUUUCAGGUAAAACCUUUUGAAAUACAAAUAUGACUGUGAUUAUUUAUUAAUCAUCUCAAAUCGUUUUGUGUUGGUCCCAAUGGAACUGAUUCACCUGUGUGGUACAAUGUUAUUCAGUGAUACUGUGGGUUUUUUUCAGUCAUUUGCUAGAUUGUCUGGUCCAGACUCGAUUAAGUGCAGACCACCGUCAUAUAGGUCAAAUAUUGCUUAGUGCGGUGUUAAACAACAAACAAAAUAUAUUUCCUUUUUCAUAUUGUGAAGGUUGGGGUAAAUUUUGAUUUCUAUGGGAUAUUUUUUGUUAUCAAUGUUGAUCUGUUAACCUGCUCCAGGGCUGUGCUGAUGAGGCAACCAAUAACCGGUACUUUCCUGUGUGGCCUUUCUAAAGCACCUAACGUAUAUAUCUGAAAUAUGAAAGCAUACAAGUAUUGAUUACACAAUGCCAUUUAGAAAGUGAUCAAAUGUUACAU